AUGUCGAAAACUACAACGUACUCGGCGCUGCCGCUGCAAGCUUCGGCGGUCCAAGCCUCGGUGCACCCGCUCGACCGUGCCAGCUUCCUCUCUCGCUGGACGUAUUGGUGGGCCAACCCGCUCGUGGAUCUCGCCAACGAGCGCCAGCUCAACGUUGACGACAUCUGGUUGCUCCCAGACCGCCUCCAGUGCGCCACGAUCAGCAACCAAUUUCUUCCGGCGUACGAGGCCAAGAACAAGUCGAUUCUUCGCGCGUUUCUCUCGGUCUUUGGCUGGAAGGCGGUCGUCAUCGGCGUAAUGCAGUUUGUGGCUAUGCUCGGGUCGCUCUACGGGCCCGUGGUCCUUCAGCAAGUGGUCUCGGCCGUCGAGACGUCGAGUGUCGACUUUUACACGCUUCUGCAGCCGAUUGUGCUCCUUUUUGUUGUGAAAGUGGCCCAGGCGGUCAUCCAGACGCAGACUACAUUCCAGAACGAUUUGCUCUACGUGAAUUUCACGUCGGCGCUCCAAGACCUCUUGUUCCGCAAGGCUCUCGUGCUGGACGCGAGCUCGCGCCGCGCCAAGAGCACGGGCGAAGUCUCCAACCUUUUCUCGGCCGACAUGAUGUGGAUCCUUGCCGCGUCGUACCAAGCCAACCAGAUCUGGAUCAUUCCGCUCCAGAUCACGGCGCUCAUGUACAUGUUGUGGCAGCUCCUUGGGUCGGCCAUGAUUUGUGGUCUCAUCGUCAUGUUUGUGACGCUCUACAUCAAUCGUCUCGUGGCGUCGCUGCUGCGCACCAACUACAAGGUGAUGAUGGACCGCAAGGACACGCGCAUGAAGACGGUCAACGAGGUCUUUGGCGCGAUGCAGAUCAUCAAGCUCAACGCGUGGGAAGAGCGGUACUACGACAAACUCUCGCACCAGCGCGACGCCGAGCUCCAAGCCAUUUGGAAGCAGUCCCUGAUGGGAUCCAUGACCGUCACAAUCAACGGCGCCGGCCCGAUCUUGCUCACGACCGUCUCGUUUGCGGCGUACGUGCUCUGGCUCGGCGAGACGCUGACCGCCUCCAAGGUCUUUACGGCGCUUAGUCUUUUCGCCAUGAUCAAGGCGCCAAUGAUGAUGCUGCCCAACAUCAUUGCCAACUGGAUGCAAGCGUAUGUGUCGUACGGUCGCUACAACGAGUUUCUCGCGAUGUCAGAGAAGAGCGCAGACCUCGUGAGCGACAAGGUCUCGGCCAACGACGUGGCCAUCGAGAUUGUCGACGGCGCCUUUGGCUACGACGCCGAGAAGCCGCUCUUCUCGAACGUCAACCUCGUCAUCAAGCGCGGCGAGUUUGUGGUCAUUCAUGGCUCGGUCGGCGAAGGCAAGUCGUCGCUCUGCAACGUCCUCCUCGGCGAACUCGACAAGUACACUGGUUCCGUCGGCGUCAGCGGCCGCGUCGCCUACUUUGCGCAGCAGCCGUGGAUUCAAAACAUGACGAUCCGCGAAAACAUCCUCUUUGGCCAUCCGUACGACCGCAAAAAGUACAACGCCGUCCUCGAAGCGUGCGCGUUGACCAAGGACCUGACGCUCUUUGCGGCCGGCGACCGCACCGAGAUUGGCUCCAAGGGCGUCAACGUCAGCGGCGGUCAAAAGGCGCGCAUUGCGCUCGCCAGAGCGUGCUACAGCGACGCCGACAUCUUCCUUCUGGACUCGCCCUUUGCUUUCUCGGGCUCCUCCGGCACAAGACGAUCUUGCUCGUGA